AUGUGCUUCCUCCUCCCCCAAGACGCUAGCUAUACGUUAUAUGGGUACUGUAUAGAUAAGAUAUCUGUACUGGUGACAUGUACGUACCAGUCCGGUGGCACCUUCCUCAUCAUCUGA